AUGGUUGCUGCCGCCGUCCGGAUGCGCACCCCGGCCAUGAUGGCUCGAGGUGCUGCCUCGAUGCGCCGCCCUCAGGUCUCCUACAAGUUCCAGGAAGUCAUCCAGAACCAAUUGCCCAGCAUCUCCGCGCUUUCCCGCUACUAUGCUUCUAAGACUUUCCCUUCGCACACCAUCAUCAGCAUGCCCGCGCUGUCCCCUACAAUGACCGCGGGAAACAUCGGUGUUUGGCAGAAGAAGGCCGGUGACGGCCUCCAGCCCGGUGAUGUUCUCGUCGAGAUUGAGACCGAUAAGGCGCAGAUGGACUUUGAGUUCCAAGAUGAGGGUGUCCUCGCCAAGGUCCUGAAGGAUUCCGGUGAGAAGGAUAUCGCCGUCGGUUCGCCCAUUGCCGUUUUGGUUGAGGAGGGCACUGAUGUCGCCGCUUUCGAGGAGUUCACCCUGGCUGAUGCCGGUGGUGACAAGGCUGCCCCUGCCGCCGAGAAGAAGGAGGAGCCCAAGAGCGCUGAGCCUACCCCGGCCCCGGCCGCGGAGCCCGCCGCUAUCGAGCCCGAGACUUCGGGUGACAAGCUCCAGCCUAGCUUGGACCGUGAGGCUUCCAUCAGCCCUGCUGCCAAGGCCCUCGCUCUCGAGAAGGGUGUCCCCGUCAAGGCUCUGAAGGGUACCGGUCGUGGUGGUCAGAUCACCAAGGAGGAUGUCGAGAAGUACCAGGGCUCCGCUGGCCCUGCUGCCGCCACCUACGAGGACGUCCCCGCCUCCUCCAUGCGCAAGGUCAUCGCCAACCGCCUCAAGCAGUCCAUGGCCGAGAACCCCCACUACUUCGUCUCCACCACCCUCUCGGUCAGCAAGCUUCUCAAGCUCCGCCAGGCUCUGAACGCCUCCGCUGAGGGCAAGUACAAGCUCUCCGUCAACGACUUCCUGGUCAAGGCCUGCGCCGCCGCCCUGCUGAAGGUGCCCCAGGUCAACUCCAGCUGGAUUGAGGUCGACGGCCAGACUGUCAUCCGCCAGCACAAGACCGCCGACAUCAGUGUCGCCGUCUCCACUCCUACCGGCCUGAUCACUCCCGUCGUCCGGAACGUCCAGGGUCUCGGUCUGUCCGGCAUCUCCAACCAGGUCCGUGACCUUGGCAAGCGUGCUCGUGACAACAAGCUCAAGCCCGAGGAGUACCAGGGUGGUACUUUCACCAUCAGCAACAUGGGCAUGAACGCCGCCGUUGAGCGCUUCACUGCUGUUAUCAACCCCCCUCAGGCCGGUAUCCUGGCGGUCGGCACCAUCCGCAAGGUUGCCGUCCCCGUUGAGACUGAGGAGGGUACCGUCACUGAGUGGGACGACCAGAUCAUUGUCACUGGUAGCUUCGACCACAAGGUUGUGGACGGUGCCGUCGGUGGUGAGUGGAUCAAGGAGCUGAAGAAGGUGGUGGAGAACCCGCUGGAGCUGCUGCUGUAG